CUGCUCUGCACACGUGGUGCAGGAGCCCUCCCGCUCUGUACUACACAGAAAAGGAUGUCUCCCAGCCUUCGGGAAGGUGCUCAGCUCGGGGAACGCAAACCCUCAUCCUGCUCCUUCUCAAUUGAGAGCAUUUUAGGACUGGACCAGAAAAAAGAUUGUGUGCCGUCGAUAAGACCCCACAGACCGUGGGCAGACACCUGCAGCGACUCAGAGAAAUAUGGCAACCUCUACCUACAUGACCCAGAUCUUCCCAAUGAGACCUCAUUUCCUUGUCCAGUGGAUCACCCAAUGCUAGAAGAAAGGGCUUUGAAAUAUGAAAAUUAUCUCUCAACCUCGGAAACACUCUCUUUGAAAAGGGAAUUGAGUUGGUACAGAGGACGAAGACCACGAACUGCUUUUACCCAAAACCAGGUUGAAGUAUUGGAAAAUGUCUUCAGAGUGAACUGCUAUCCAGGCAUUGACAUCAGAGAGGAUUUAGCUCAAAAGCUAAAUCUAGAGGAAGACAGGAUACAGAUUUGGUUCCAAAAUCGUCGGGCAAAGCUGAAACGGUCCCGUAGAGAAUCACAGUUUUUAAUGGCAAACCCCUUCAACACAGAUCUUCUGAAAUAGUUUUAAAAAAUUACACAUGUGGGAUUCUCUUCCAAUUGCAGCACACAAGGCAUCAAUAGAAAUACCAAGUAUUUAAAAUGUUACCAUUUCUUUCCUGUACCGAAUCUGAAUAUUGUCAUUCUUCCUGAAAAUUUUGUAAAAUAAUUAUGAUUCUAGCAUAGUACAUAUUAUA